ACAGAACUUCAAUUCCAACUCUCCAACUUAAUCUCCCUCUUUACCUUUUAGCCUUUUCGUUUUCGUUUUCGUUUUCCUUUUUUCCGCUGUUAAUGGCGUCCAAAAAAACCCUAGCUCGCCGCCUCUUCAACGCCUCCAGUCGGCUACUCUUCCGAAAUUCCGCCGUUCGCCGCACCUAUAUCUCCAAUAAUCUCCCACUCAAUCCCGGAGAUUUUGGAAUUUUCCGGCGGUUCCUUCAUCGGAGGCCUAAUUUUCCGCCUCCUUCCACAUUCACCCCAUCGCUUCCGCCAUUGCCGGUCGGAUUCGGUAAUGUGAUGGAACAGCUCGUUUCCCGCGACAGGAUUCUUCUAGAUGGACUGAAGCCUCCGACGCCGGCGCCGGCGUCGGUUCCGGCUGAGUUGGAGGGACUUACGGUGGAGGAGACGAGGAAGUUAGUGGAAUUGACGGAGGUGGUGAGAUUGAAAAGGAAAUUGAAGGAGAUUCCGAGGAGUUGUAUUACGUAUCAGGAAUUCGUUCGGAUUUGUGGAGAAGAUUGUUCAGGUAAUAAUGGAGAUAAUGAAAAUUAUGGCCUUGAGUUGGCCAAGAGGCUUGAUCAUUCCGGUGCCGUCAUCGUUUUGGGAAACUUCGUCUUUCUUGAUCCCGAACAGAUGUCAAAAUCAAUUGCUAGCUUGAUUCCCACGCUAGGAAUCAACAAGGAAGACUCGAGAGCUAGCCAGGAGCUUGAAGAAAUGGAGAAGCAGAAGGCCAUAAUUGAUGGCAAGGCCGACCAGCAAGCCCGCCGUGAACUCCGAUGGGGGCUCGGGUUUCUGGUGGCUCAAACUGCGGCCCUCAUGAGGCUGACAUUUUGGGAGCUAACUUGGGAUGUUAUGGAGCCAAUUUGCUACUUUAUAACUUCAACAUAUUUCAUGGGUGGUUAUGCCUUUUUUCUAACUACUUCCAAAGAGCCUUCAUUUGAAGGGAUUUACCAAAGCCGCUUCACUGCUAAGCAAAAGCACCUCAUGAAGCUUCACAAUUUUGAUGUCCAUAAAUACAAUCGCCUCAGAGGACUUGAUUCCGAUCAUUUUCCUUCUUCAAAUCAUCAAUUUUUAUGAAGUUUGAGGGUAGAUAUACAAAUAUUGAGAGCAUUUGUUCAAAGUUUUGAAAAUCUUUCAUUCAUACUUUUUAUACUUUCUUGCGAUGUGACUUUUGAGUGGUUGUAUACUUCGAAGAAACAAGCUUGAGUUUCAUACAUUCUUAAAUGUAAACAUAUACUUUUUACUAUUAAUAUUGACGCCUACUAUAUACUCUCUAA